AUGGCUGGUUUUAUGUCUUUGACGACAUUGGAGAAAGACAACAUUGACCCUGCUGAUCCAGUGUCUAUUGAACCUGAAGUGUAUCCAUUUGUAGAUCCUGCUGAUCCAGUGUCUAUUGAACCUGAGGUUUUUCCAUUUGUAGACCCUGUUGAUCCAGUGUCUAUUGAACCUGAAGUGUAUCCAUUUGUAGACCCUGCUGAUCAAGUGUCUAUUGAACCUGAAGUGUAUCCAUUUGUAGACCCUGCUGAUCCAGUGUCUAUUGAACCUGAAGUGUAUCCAUUUGUAGACCCUGCUGAUCCAGUGUCUAUUGAACCUGAGGUUUAUCCAUUUGUAAACCCUGCUUAUCCAUUUGUAGACCCUGCUGAUCCAGUGUCUAUUGAACCUGAAGUGUAUCCAUUUGUAGACCCUGCUGAUCCAGUGUCUAUUGAACCUGAGGUUUAUCCAUUUGUAAACCCUGCUGAUCCAGUGUCUUUUGAACCUGAAGUGUAUCCAUUUGUAGACCCUGCUGAUCCACUGUCUAUUGAACCUGAAGUGUAUCCAUUUGUAAACCCUGCUGAUCCAGUGUCUAUUGAACCUGAGGUUUAUCCAUUUGUAGACCCUGCUGAUUCAGUGUCUAUUGAACCUGAAGUGUAUCCAUUUGUAGACCCUGCUGAUUCAGUGUCUAUUGAACCUGAAGUGUAUCCAUUUGUAGACCCUGCUGAUCCAGUGUCUAUUGGACCUGAAGUGUUGAUAAAGGUAACAUUAUGUAACACUGUCCACACAAUGCAGACUACAGGGACCCAUCCCUGCCAGGGCAGCUCGCCCCAGGGGUCCAAUCUGCAGGGCAUCUCUCCUCACAUCCAGCUCAGCAGCCCUACAACAUUGUUAUGCAAGGCUUAG